CGGGGCUGCGGCACGGGCCGGGCGGCACCAUGGCGGCGGCGGCGCCUGCUGCUGCGGCGGCUCCUUUUGAGGCGCCGGCGGCGAAUGCGACGGCAGAGCCCGAGGCCGGGGACGAGGACAGUCGCGACGUUCGAGUGCUGCAGAGCCUCCGGGGCAAGAUCUGUGAAGCAAAAAAUUUGUUGCCAUAUCUUGGACCCAACAAAAUGAGAGAUUGUUUCUGUACCAUAAAUUUGGACCAGGAAGAAGUUUAUCGUACCCAAGUUGUUGAAAAAUCUUUAAGCCCAUUCUUCAGUGAAGAAUUUUACUUUGAGAUUCCAAGAACUUUCCAAUAUUUGUCUUUCUAUGUUUAUGAUAAGAAUGUUUUACAAAGAGACCUUCGCAUAGGAAAAGUAGCCAUCAGAAAAGAAGACUUAUGUAACCACAGCGGCAAAGAAACUUGGUUUUCACUACAGCCUGUUGACUCCAAUUCAGAAGUUCAGGGUAAAGUUCACCUUGAAUUAAAACUGAAUGAACUGAUAACAGAGAAUGGAACUGUGUGCCAGCAGCUUGUUGUACACAUCAAGGCAUGCCACGGGUUGCCUCUCAUAAAUGGACAAAGCUGUGACCCUUAUGCAACAGUUUCUCUAGUGGGGCCUUCUAGGAAUGACCAAAAGAAGACAAAAGUAAAGAAGAAAACAAGCAAUCCGCAGUUUAAUGAAAUCUUUUAUUUUGAGGUAACCAGAUCCAGUAGUUACACCAGAAAGUCCCAGUUCCAGGUAGAAGAGGAGGACAUCGAAAAACUAGAAAUUAGGAUCGACUUGUGGAACAAUGGAAACCUGGUCCAAGAUGUUUUCCUAGGCGAGAUUAAGGUUCCUGUGAAUGUGUUAAGAACUGAUACCUCCCAUCAAGCCUGGUACUUGUUACAACCCAGAGACAAUGGUAAUAAGUCAUCUAAAACUGAUGACCUGGGGUCUCUUCGAUUAAAUAUAUGUUAUACAGAAGACUACGUGCUUCCUUCAGAGUACUAUGGUCCUUUGAAAACUUUGCUGCUAAAAUCACCAGAGGUUCAGCCAAUAUCUGCCUCAGCUGCUUACAUUUUGGGUGAAAUAUGUCGAGAUAAAAAUGAUGCUGUUUUGCCUCUCGUACGACUGCUGCUGCACCAUGAUAAACUUGUUCCUUUUGCCACUGCUGUGGCAGAAUUAGACUUGAAGGACACACAAGAUGCAAACACAAUUUUUAGAGGCAAUUCCUUGGCUACCCGAUGUCUGGAUGAGAUGAUGAAAAUUGUGGGAGGGCACUACCUAAAAGUAACAUUAAAACCUAUUCUGGAUGAGAUAUGUGAAUCUUCAAAAUCCUGUGAAAUCGAUCCUAUUAAAUUAAAAGAGGGAGAUAAUGUUGAAAGUAAUAAGGAGAAUCUGCGCUACUAUGUAGACAAGUUGUUCAAUACGAUUAUAAAAUCAAGUAUGAGCUGCCCCACUGUAAUGUGUGACAUCUUUUAUUCUCUAAGGCAAAUUGCCACUCAGAGAUUUCCUAAUGACCCUCAUGUUCAAUAUUCUGCAGUGAGCAGCUUUGUAUUUCUUCGUUUCUUUGCUGUAGCCGUAGUAUCACCUCAUACUUUUCAUUUGCGACCUCAUCAUCCAGAUGCACAGACAGUUAGAACAUUAACUCUCAUCUCAAAAACCAUUCAAACCUUGGGAAGCUGGGGGAGUCUAUCCAAAAGCAAGUCAAGUUUCAAAGAGACAUUCAUGUGUGAAUUUUUCAAAAUGUUUCAAGAAGAAGGAUAUAUUAUAGCAGUUAAAAAGUUCUUGGAUGAAAUUUCAUCUACUGAAACUAAAGAGUCAAGUGGUACGAGUGAGCCUGUGCACCUGAAAGAAGGUGAGAUGUAUAAAAGAGCUCAGGGAAGAACUCGGAUUGGAAAAAAGAAUUUCAAGAAACGAUGGUUCUGCUUAACAAGCAGAGAGCUAACCUACCACAAACAGCCAGGUAGCAAAGAUGCCAUUUACACGAUUCCAGUAAAAAACAUUCUUGCCGUGGAAAAACUGGAAGAGAGCUCUUUCAACAAGAAAAAUAUGUUCCAAGUUAUACAUACGGAGAAACCACUCUAUGUCCAGGCAAAUAAUUGCGUAGAAGCUAAUCAAUGGAUAGACAUGCUCUGCAGGGUGAGCCGAUGCAAUCAAAACAGGCUCAGUUUUUAUCACCCCUCUGCAUAUAUCAACGGAAACUGGCUCUGCUGUCAGGAGACCAGUGAAAACGCUCUCGGCUGCAAGCCAUGUACUGCAGGUAUCCCUGCAGAUAUCCAAAUAGAUAUUGAUGAAGACAGAGAAACAGAAAGAAUUUAUUCCCUUUUUACCCUCAGUUUUCUUAAGCUGCAAAAGAUGGAAGAGGCUUGUGGAACUAUAGCCGUCUAUCAAGGACCACAGAAAGAACCUGAUGAUUAUUCUAACUUUGUAAUUGAAGAUUCUGUAACAACCUUUAAGACAAUUCAGCAAAUAAAAAGCAUAAUAAUGAAGCUGGAUGAACCUCAUGAAAAGUAUAGGAAGAAAAGAUCAAGUAGUGCAAAAUAUGGGAGCAAGGAAAAUCCAAUUGUUGGGAAAACAUCUUAGAGUCUGACCAAUUGAUUUCAGAAGAACUGGAAAAUAAUUAUUUUUCUUGAAGUUUUUCAAUUCAUCAUAUGUUUUGUUCAUAGUAUUUAAGAAUGAACAUUGGCUUCAAUGUCACCUACAUUCAUAUCAUAUUUAAUAUUUAAUAAUCAAAAUUGUUUGAGAAUCUUGGUAUUGAUGUAUUACUAGAGCAUUUGAAGCCCAGGAUUCUUUCGUGUGUCCAGAUCCAUAUUUCUGCAACUUCUUCUUCAUAGACUCUUCCUAAAGAAGAUUCCUUAAGAAGCUUUGUAACAACGGGAGAACUCCUCCAUAGCAAGAAAACCAUCUCUUCUUGUAACACUGUUCUGUGGACUUGUUUUCACUACCAUUAGUGCCUGCUCUCUACUGCCAACAUUAUGUUUUACUAGAAAAUCCCAGUCCAUGACAAUUCAGAGCUUCUCAUUUAGUUCAGCUAGACCCUCCC